CCUGAGCCGGGGGCGGCGGAGCCCGCACCGGUACCGGCACCGGCGGCAGCACCGACAGCGGCGGCGGGGACCGGGACCCAGCGCUGCAGCGCGGCGGAACCGAUGUCCAUGAGGAGCCCUGUUUCUCCCUACCUGGAGCUCGAUGGAGCGGGCAGCAUGGUGAACUGCAGCAUCAAGACGGAGGAGAAGAAGGAGGGUGUCUAUGAGUCCCCACCAGGGGCUGCCCCCAGCACUGAGCCCCGUCCCAACGACCCACCAGGGCCACCCCCGAAGGAGGGCACUGACCCCCAGGCCCUGCCACAGGAGUCCUGCUCUCCAGCCAGCGAUGCCCUGGAACCCCGGCGCUCUGCCUUCGAGCCGGCUGUCAGCAGCCAGGAGAAGCUGGACUUCAACAGGAACUUGAAGGAGGUGAUGCCAACCAUUGAGAAGUUACUGUCCAGUGACUGGAAGGAGCGGCUGCUGGGCCGGAACACCGCCGAGUCCAAGGAAGUGAAAGGAACCCAGGAGAGCCUGGCAGAGAAGGAGCUCCAGUUGCUUGUCAUGAUCAACCAGCUGUCCACGCUGCGGGACCAGCUCCUGACGGCCCACUCGGAGCAGAAGAACAUGGCAGCCAUGCUCUUUGAGAAGCAGCAGCAGCAGAUGGAGCUGGCACGGCAGCAGCAAGAGCAGAUCGCCAAGCAGCAGCAGCAGCUCAUCCAGCAGCAGCACAAAAUCAACCUGCUGCAGCAACAGAUCCAGCAGGUCAACAUGCCCUAUGUCAUGAUUCCUGCCUUCACCCCCAGCCACCAGCCUCUCCCUGUCACUCCUGACUCCCAGUUAGCACUGCCCAUCCAGCCCAUCCCUUGCAAACCAGUGGAUUACCCAGUGCAGCUGCUGCACAGCCCCCCUCCUCCCACGCUGAAGAGACCCGCCGGCUCGGGCCACCUCCAGAUGCAGGAGACCUCACAGCCACUGAACCUGACAGCCAAGCCCAAAGGUUCUGACCUCCCCAGUGCCUCCAGCUCGCCCAGUUUGAAGAUGAGCGGCUGCCAGUCCCUCACACCAAGUCAUGGGGCCACCAGGGACCUGCAGACCAGCCCGUCCAACCUGCCUCUGGGGUUCCUGGGAGAAGGUGAUGCCAUCACCAAAGCCAUCCAGGACGCGCGGCAGCUGCUGCACGGCCACAGCGGAGCCAUGGAGGGAUCACUGAGCAACCCCUACCGCAAGGACCACGUGGGGAUCGACUCUUCUCCAGUGAAGGAGCGGAUGGAGGAGACCCCCACCCACCGGCUGGAUGAGGCCCUCUUGACCUGUGAGAUGGAUGGCUCACGGCACUUCCCCGAGUCCAGGAACAACAACCACAUCAAGAGGCCCAUGAAUGCCUUCAUGGUGUGGGCGAAGGACGAGAGGAGGAAGAUCUUGCAGGCCUUCCCAGACAUGCACAACUCCAGCAUCAGCAAGAUCCUGGGCUCCAGGUGGAAAUCCAUGACAAACCAGGAGAAACAACCCUACUACGAGGAGCAAGCCCGGCUGAGCCGGCAGCACCUGGAGAAAUACCCUGACUACAAGUACAAGCCCCGGCCCAAGCGCACCUGCAUCGUGGAGGGGAAGCGGCUGCGGGUGGGCGAGUACAAGGCGCUGAUGAGGAACCGGCGGCAGGACGCCCGGCAGGGCUAUUUGAUCGGGUCCCAGGGCAGCCAGCUGCCCCCCGCCUCCUCCGAGGUGCUGUACCAGAGGCCGGUGGGCAUGCAGCUGACCCCCCCACUGAUGGAGCACUACCUGCCCCGUGGGGGGGACCCUGGCAUGCCUGUCAUUGUCAACACCCGCAGCCUCAAGGAAGGGGACGGUGGUGACGACGGGCACUCGGUGGCCGAGGGCGAGAUGUACCGCUACAGUGAGGAGGAGGACUCGGAGGGAGAGGACAAGAGUGAUGGCGAGCUGGUGGUGCUGACAGACUGAGAGGGGGGGGGCCCCAGGAUGGGUGGCUGGGGAGGGGGGUGGGUGGCAGGGCUGGCUGCCACCAAAAAGGAGGUCACAGCAUCCCCCGAUGGGAUGGGACUCGGUAGAAGGGCUGCGCUGGGAGCAGAGGGGAGCACACGGGUGCUGCUUCACCCCACCCAGGUGGGCACACAGUGGGUUGUUUGUUGGGGUUUGUUUUUUUUUUUGGGGGGGAGGAGGUGCUGCCCAGGGGAGUGAUGAGCAGUGAUGUGUGCUGGAGGAGGCCAUGGCCAGGAUGUGCUGAACCCACUGGGCAACCUGGCUCAGCCUUGCUUUGGUGGCGGGGGCCACCUGGCUUGGGGACACGGGUGCUGUGGUUGCUGAGCUGUCCUUCACCCACAGCCCUCCUAGGAGGUUCCCAAGGGUGCAGGAAAACCUCCAGAGCAUCUCCCAGCCCUCCAACACCUUUGCAGAGAACUUCCCCUGCAGCCACCAGCCCCACUGCUGGCGACACGGGAUGGGGACACGCUUGUCCCUCUCUCAGCCCUGCCUGACCUCCUUGCUGCAUUUCCCACUUGGUCUUUGGAGCCUGCCAGCAAAUUCCCAUGGAGCCAUUUUUAGCUCUCGCCUGGCCUGAUGACCAGCCAAGGGCUCCAAGGAGCCUUUUAUGCUCCUGACAGCUCUGGCCCACUUUGUAAAUGAAGUUGCUGCAUGUUCUCUGGCUGUGCCCUUACCCUGGGCACCAGCCCCAGCUGCUGUGGGUACAUCUCCAUCUCUGGGCACCUCCCUCCUGCUCUCCAGCUCUGCCAGCUGCAGGCUGUGCCCUGGGCCUGCAGCAUCAGGCCAUGUGAGAAACAACAGC